AUGGUGAAGGAUGAGGACACAGCUUUUACAAGAAGUUGGUCUACAAAUGCAACCAUCCUUCUGCAUGGGUUAUUUGCUCUCUUUCAGAAGGAAGAUGCCACGAAUGCAGAAGGGGAUGAAAGACUGUCGCUUCGGAAGCACCGCUUCAUGCAUUUUGCAUCAUUGGAAUACGAAGGAGAAUUUUACAUGACACCAAGAGAUUUCCUGUUCUCGGUAGUGUUUGAUCAAGUUGAACGUAAAGCCUCAGCCAAGAAGCUGACAAAAAAGGAGGUGGAUUCUGCACUGCUGUGUGUUGCCAAAGCCAAACCAGGACCGACCUUUUUUAGAGAACUUGGUGAUAAAGGGUUGAUAUCUUAUGCAGAGUACCUAUUUUUGCUGACAAUCCUUACAAAGCCCCAGACUGGAUUUCAGAUUGCCUUUAAAAUGUUGGAUGCAGAUGGCAAUGAACAAGUUGAAAAGAAAGAAUUCUUCAAGCUGCAGAGAAUCAUUGGGAAGGAAGAUGAUUUGAAAACAGCUGGAGACGAAACAGUAUUUCGGGGAGCAGAACUGGAAAGCUGUGGUGUUACUACCAUGUUGCUGAUGCAUUUCUUUGGAAAAGAAGGAAAGGAAAAACUUCGCUAUUCUGAGUUUUUCAGAUUCAUGGAAAAUCUGCAAACAGAAGUCCAAGAAAUGGAAUUCAUAAAGUUUUCAAAGGGCUUGAACGUCAUGAGAAAAGAAGACUUUGCAGAAUGGUUGCUCUACUUCACUGAUGAGGAAAACAAUGAAAUCUACUGGCAGAAUGUGAAAGACAGGAUUGAGGCAGGAGAGAAUAUCAGUUUGGAAGAAUUCAAGACUUUCUGCAAGUUCACAAAUAACCUGGAAGACUUUUCUAUUGCCAUGCAGAUGUUUACUGUAGCAAAUCGUCCUGUUAAACGGGCUGAGUUCAAGAGAGCAGUGAAGGUGGCAACAGGACAGGAGCUCUCAGAUAAUGUUUUGGAUACCAUCUUCAAGAUUUUUGAUCUAGAUGGAGAUGACUGCCUGAGCCACAGCGAGUUUCUUGGAGUCCUGAGGAACCGAAUUCAUCGAGGUUUGAGGGUACCGCAACAGCAAGGCAUUCAAGGUUACUGGAAGUGUGUGAAAAGAGAAAGCAUUAAAGGAGCCAAGGAAGUGUGGAAACAAACUGGGAAAAGUCCUUUUUAA